UACACUUUGCCCUUGAGUCAUGGUGGGGGGAUUGGGAGAAUAGCGUUUUAGACGUCUUCUGUUAUAGCUGGUGCGCUCGUGAGAUUUGUCCGCUCUGCCUUCAGUUCGAAUUCGGGUGCAGCUGACGGAAGAUAUCCUUUUGUGUUUCGGAGCUGCGCUCAGUUAUAUCAUUAUUUUUUCUCAACGAGAUGAAGGAACUUCAUUCCACUUUUGUUAAAACUGUCAUCAGUUUGGCCGUGGUUUUCUCGUUUUAUCCGCCCGAUAACUUGAGAGAAUUGUGGUCUCCGUACAAUCCUGUCGACCAACUUCAGGAGUGGUUCCUGCAGACCAUCAAGCCCAACAUUGAGCGUCAUAUUACCCAAGACCCAGAGACUUUCAUGACAACGCCGGAGAUUAUUGCUAAUCGAGGGUAUCCGGUGGAAAUCCACCAGGUUGUUACUGAUGAUGGAUACAUUCUCGAGCUCCAUCGAAUCCCGUACGGACAACGGGACGGGCAUUCGCACAACAGCACAUUCCAGCGAAGAGCCGUUUUCCUCCAGCAUGGGAUGAUGGGGACGGAUCACUUCUGGUUGGUCGGCUCCACCAACUCAUCCUUGGCCUUUAUCCUGGCAGAUCAUGGAUUCGACGUGUGGCUUGGAAAUGCCAGAGGAAACACGUACUCACGCAAACACGUCAGCUUCAAUCCCGAUCAAGACGAAGCAUUUUGGGAUUUCUCGUGGGACGAAAUGGGCCAAUACGACAUUCCGGCCAGUAUCGAUUACGUCCUCAAUGCAACCGGACAAGAGAAACUGGCGGCUUAUUUCGGUUACUCGCUUGGCUGCAGCGUGUUUUUCAUGGGCGCUUCCCAAUACCCACGCAUAAACGAUCAGGUGGACAUCAUGAUCGGUCUCGGUCCGACGGUCAGCGUUGCGCACCUGAAUAAUUAUUUCCGCUACAUGGCGCCAUUCGUCAAUAUCUAUCAACUAUUUCAACGAUUAUUCGGCAUCGGAGAAGUUCACACGAACGACGGAGUUUUACACUCUGUCACUCGUUUGAUCUGCGAGACUAGCGAAUUCGGAGCGAAAUUCGGCCGACUGUGGCUCUCUCAAAUUUUCGGCUACUCUGACGUAUUUGACCAGUUGGAAUAUUAUCGCUUACUGGGACAUUAUCCAGCUGGUGGCUCAGCCAAUACCAUGACCCACCUUCUACAAAACUACAACUUUGGUGAAUCGUUUCUCCGUUUCGAUUUUGGCGCCGAAAAAAAUAUGGUCCGGUAUGGCACAGCUUACCCGCCCGAAUACAAUCUGACCAAGGUGACCACACCCGUGUUUUUAAUUCACGCAGACAGUGACCCAUUCGCUCCACCAGAGGAUGUGGCCUGGUUGAAGGAAAGACUUGGAAAUUUGAAGGGCUCUUUGCGGGUCGAGAGUCCGUCGUUCACUCACGGCGAUUUCGUUUGGUCGCCCAGGGUGGCCGAGCUCGUUCAUUUUCCCGCCGUCGAUCUUCUGCCCUCGCCUUUUCUAUACAAGAAAAAUUACGCUCAACUACAGCCUCAUUUACACUGAGCUUUUGUAAACGGGUUCUGCAACGCUCAUCAUGUUGAGUGCUCGUUAUUUUAAUACCGGCUCAUUAUUUGCUCUUGGCCAUGCACCCGCCGGUUGGAAUCGAUUACAAGAGAACGAUUAUUAUUUUAUUACAGAGUACCAUAGGGGAUUUUAAUAGGGAACAUGUAAGAGAUGUUCUAAAUUGUAUUUUGAACGCUGUUGACUGUAGCCUUAGAUCUGUUCAUUUUACAGCAUUUAAAAAAAAGGUCGUUAUAUGUUGUUACUAUUCUGCGUGCACUCCUAAUAUAGACUAUGUGUAACGCGUACAAAUUUAAUAUACAUCAAACUGCGCAUA